AUGCCUGUACCAGAGCCCGGUCCGAGUAGUGCGUCCACCCCCUCAUCCUCCUCCUGGUCCGGGGCAUCGGAGUCAAGGACAACCAUGAACCGGGAUGGCAGCCGAGCAUACUCGCUGGAAGACCUCGGGCUCCUUCUGCGGGGCCUUGAUCUGAGGACCCCGCAGAGUUCAGUCGAUGCCGCGCUGGUCGACUACAUGCAGCAUAUAGAAGCCCUUACAUGUGAUGAAGAUAACGCCUUUCAACCUGGAAUCACAGAUGCAGAUGACUCUUGGCUAGUUCAAGUCGAUGACCCGCAGCAUGAUAUGCUAACGAUCAGAGUCGAUCUUGUGACGGCUCAUAUGAGGAACGUGCUCCUGGCGAUUGUGAACCGUCAACAAAGCCAACAUAAGCAAGCACUCUACGAGUCGACCAAGAGACUCAAAGGGCAGACGAGGAUACGAUUCUUCGUGGAAAAUAAGUUGCGCGAAACAAUGAACAGCAAAUCCGAUCUUGAGGUGGAUUUGAAAGAGGCCAUCAAGGAGAAAGAGACGCUUCAGGAGACACUGAACGCUGGCGAGCAGAAAAACGUAGACCUACAGGCUCAGCUGGCUCAAGCUAUUGCAACCAAUGCAAAGAAUCAGGAAACCCUGGACGAACUACUAGAGAGAUUGCACACCAGCCAGAGGCAGGUGACAGAGUUGCAGGCUGAGCGAGAGGAACUGCUUAGGGUACUCGAAUUGUGCAACGCUAAAAACGAGAUCAAUGAGCGGGAUCGAAGAUGGCGUGGACAGAUGGCACUGCAUUAA